AUGGCUGCCUUUAUACACUCUUAUCCUCACCACAUGGAACCCCCAUUUGGAAAUCCCAUGAACAUCAUGACCGCAACCCCAUCACCAGGGUGUAUUAUGACCCCUUCCCCAUAUUAUACUAGAACACCAUCGCCCACAAGUCGAGUAACCAUGGGAUACCAGCCUGUCCCUGCCCAAGUUCAAGACCCCUCCUUCUUUGAAGAGGCUAUAGGUAGUUCUCCUCACCCACAAGAACUGGCACUCGGCUUCAUGCAAGCACCAUUCCAGUAUAACCCGGCAUCCAAUGCACCUAGUGGACCCUUUCCUUUUUUGCCUACAUUGCCAAGUAGCGAGCUCGAGCAGAGGCCUACCCGCCGGGCUCGAAACCGAAAACCGUCCCAAUUAAGCAUCGUCACCCCCAAAGAAGGUAGUGGCACGGGAGCUGUGCCUAGUUCUCCAAAGCAGAAGAAGCGAGGCCGCAAGCCCAAAGGAGGAGCCAAGGAGUCAGGGAAGUUUCAUCAGGAGAUUGAGCUUGAUGAGGACGACCUUCCCAAAGACCCUCGACGUCGACGUAUUCUUGAACGCAACAGGAUAGCCGCGACCAAGUGUCGUCUUCGGAAACGAGACGAAGCAUCCGCCCUUGCUUCCCAGGAACAAGCCAUGGAAGACCAGAACCGGUAUCUUUCCUCAUGCUUCGACUCAUUGACAGCUGAGAUAUAUCACCUGAAAACGCAACUAUUGCAACACACAGACUGCAACUGUGUACUGAUUCAAAAAUAUAUCGCCAAUGAAGCCAAGAAGACAGUUGAUGGCCUGCUUUCUUGCUCAUCGACCUUCCAGCCCGACAAUGACCCCAUGAGCCCAUAUCGUCGAGGUUCAUGCAAUAGCGGCACCAGCCCCACUGAAUCCCUGGGUGUGCCUACUCCAGAGUUUGAAGGAGUCUCGCCAGCCUGGUCACAGCCUUUCCAAACUGGCCAUGCUUCAUCAUCAGAGGUUGGAGAGGAACUCUUCGAGAUGCCAAUGAACCCUUACCGCAAAGGGUCAAUCCAGAUGCAGAGUCAACCGCUCACCAGCAUAGCACCACUGCAUCAUCCCGAAUCCGAGAUAUAUGCCGGUAUGGGGCCUCCACCCCAGCAUGUGGAUGGUAUCAGUUGGAAUCCUUCGUGGGGAUUUUAG